CUCUCAAACUCACGGAAGCGCGAAAUUUGGAAACUUCUUAGAAACGCGACAUGGCUGAAAAUUACCUCAAAUUAAAACUGAAAAGAAAGAAGUGUUCUAUUGAAGAUGUCCAUCCGGGAAAACUGCAGACAACCUCCGCAUGCAGUGUCAGACCGUCCCAGGCUGAGGGGUCAAGGGCUGAUGCUGCAGUGUGGUGGAACAGGGAGCAACUACCAGCACCGGACAGUCUGUGGACCCUCACCCUGAGGGCUGCUCUGCCCUACCGAGAGGACCAGCACUGGGACCUGGUUCCUGACCUUCCACAUCCAUCUACAGGAAGACACUGGCCACAAAUCCCAGGUGAACACUCAUGGUGUGACCUCAGUGAAGACGUGGCACCCUUCCCCGAACCCCCUCCACUUUCUCCCAGGUCUCCAUCAAGCCGAGAUCCUGUGAAUGUCUCCUUCCCUCAGCUGGACUCGUCAGUGCAGACCAAACCCAUGCCCAACCUCUCCAGCAAAGCGCCGUCUACUAGCUGUGGGCAAACCCAUCCUACCAAGCCCACAUUCCACAGCCAGGGGGGGCCACUAUCAUCAGAAAGACCAUCACGUGUGGAUGUAGGAGAGAGGAGGACAGCAGAAAAUGAGGCUGUAGUCAACAGGCAGCCUCCUGUAAAGCAGACCGGGGCUCCUCAGCAGGACGAUGAAGAGGGAGGAGAAGGAGGAAGGCUUCAGAGCUGCCCCAUGUGUCUCCUUGUCUUCCCAGUAGGGUUCACCCAGAUGGACUGUGACGGCCACCUGGCCCAGUGUUUGUCCGAGAUGAACGUGGACAUGACUUGGUGACCUGACGGGAGGCUGGCUGCUGUCCAGGUAUUAGCUGUAGCCCAGAUGUCCCAGAAAUCACUGAGGGUAGGACUUUGGUGUAACACAACAGAAGAUUCUUUUCCAAGUGGUCCAACGUAAGAUCUUCCUCAGCACUGAAUCUCCUUUGUUCAGGUUUGAAUGUUUUAGGAGCCCGUAGGAUCCAGUAAUGUAAAGAUGUCCUGAAAACAUCAC